CAAGAUGGCAGCGCUCGUUGUGCAGUCGUGCGCUGUAGACUCAGGUCAUUGACAGCAACAUUUAAGCCUUCACAUCAUAUUUGCAGGAUGGAGUUUUUAACCAUGAUACAGACAACGACUCGGAUAUAAAACAAACCAGAGUCAUGAAGAUGUUAAGGAGAUGGAUGCCUCCGUAUCCUCACACUGUUGUCCAGUCAGGCCAGAUCAGGACUGCUUUCCUCACCCUUGUCCACUGCCAGUUGUCCCCUAUUAUCCGCACGCUGUUCAGUGAGACCGGCGUGUGGGAGAAGGAGUAUCGGACAGAGACCCGAUGCAGAGUGGAGCAAUGGUGGCACCCGCGGAUCAUGGCGCAGUGGCAAAAGGACUCACUGGAAAAGGAUCAAAAUCGGGAAAAGUUCUAUGUUCUCUCCAUGUUCCCAUAUCCAUCUGGACGACUGCACAUGGGCCAUGUGCGAGUGUACACGAUAAGCGACGUCAUUGGCCACUUUCAGAGAAUGAGAGGUUAUCAGGUAUUAAACCCAAUGGGCUGGGAUGCAUUCGGCCUUCCAGCAGAGAAUGCAGCUAUUGAGAGACGUCUUGAUCCAGAAAAUUGGACCAAAAGGAACAUCAAGUCGAUGCGGGAGCAGCUGGACAGCCUUGGCCUUUGCUUUAAUUGGGACCGGGAGGUGACCACUUGCCUUCCUGACUACUACAAGUGGACACAGUAUCUCUUUAUUAAGCUCUUCAAAGCAGGGCUGGCUUAUCAGAAAGAGGGUGUGGUGAACUGGGACCCUGUUGAUCAAACAGUACUGGCUGAUGAGCAGGUGGAUGAAAACGGUCGCUCUUGGAGGUCUGGUGCUCUGGUGGAGCAGAAGUUGCUCACUCAAUGGUUCAUCAAGACCACGCACUACGGCAAGCCUCUUCUGGACAGCUUGUCUGACCUUCCAGAGUGGUACGGAGUCAAAGCCAUGCAGGCAAAUUGGAUUGGAGAGUGCACUGGCUGCUACUUUGAUUUCAAACUCAAGGUGAGUGGAAAGGAGACGGGGGAGAGUCUGUCGGCAUACAGCUCCUCUCCAGAAGCGGUGUUUGGGGCAGCGUACCUGGCCAUCCUGCCCUCCCACAGACUGCUCCACGGGAGCAGCUCAGUCCGCUCUGUGCUGGAGAAAGCCUAUCAGCCAGGCAGAGACUCCCUGACAGAGGUCACAGCUGUCAAUUUGUUCACCGGCUACGAGGUUCCUCUGGUUAUAUCUCACAAAGAGGCAUUUGAUGGCUAUCUAGACACUGUGGUUGGCACGCCGGACUGCAGUGAGGAGGAUUUGUCCGUGGCCAAAACGCUGAAUUUAAGGUGGACCAAUGUUCUUAAGAGCCAUGAAGAUGGGACUGAAAUUGUCAUUAACUCCGAUAAGUUUUCAGGGCUUACCAGAAGACAGGCUUUCGACUCCAUUACCCAGAAGGCCAGGGAGCUGAAGGUAGGGGGCCACCUUACCAGCUCAAAGCUCCGGGACUGGUUGAUAUCAAGACAGCGUUACUGGGGCACACCCAUUCCUGUGGUGCAUUGUGAACGUUGUGGUCCAGUUACUGUCCCCGAGGAAGAUUUACCGGUCACCUUGCCAAAGCUGCCGUCUCUCACCGGAAAAGGGGCAUCGCCUCUGGCAGCUGCCCAUGACUGGGUCAGUUGCAAAUGUCCAAGAUGUAACGGCCCAGCAAAAAGGGAGACUGACACCAUGGAUACGUUUGUAGACUCAGCCUGGUAUUACUUUCGCUACGCUGACCCUCAUAAUACAGAGAGGCCUUUUGAGCGCCACCUGGUGGAUCGCUGGCUCCCUGUGGAUGUAUACAUUGGGGGAAAGGAGCAUGCCGUCAUGCAUUUGUACUAUGCACGCUUCCUCUGUCACUUCUGCAAGGAUCAGGGGCUUGUGGCGCACAGGGAGCCUUUCAGAAAGCUACUUGUCCAGGGUCUGAUCAAAGGGCAGACUUUCCGACGAGCAGACAGCGGCCAAUACCUAAAGAGAGAAGAGAUAGACUUCACAGAAAAAGAGCCAGUGGCAUUAGGAGGCGGAAGCGUGGAAGUGACAUGGGAGAAAAUGAGCAAAUCUAAACACAAUGGUCUGGACCCCCAAGAGGUGGUGCAGCAUUACGGUGUGGACACAGUGCGACUCUACAUCCUUUAUGCUGCACCACCGGAACAGGACAUCCUCUGGAAUCUUAAAAAGGAUGCUCUUCCUGGGGUCUUGCGCUGGCAGUCCAGACUGUGGCAGCUUGUGACCAAGCUGCGACACGCUCGGCAACUUGGUGACAUCCCGAACCCCUCCUUGCUGCAAAAGAAGGAGCAGGCAGAGUCAAAGAAGAUCUGGGAGAACAAGAACUACGCAAUUCAGGAGGUCACAUCUCACUUCACGGAAGACUUCUUGUUCAAUGCAGCCAUUUCUCGCCUCAUGGGACUAACCAAUACAUUGAGUAGCGCAAGUGUGAGGGUGUUGCAGCACAGUGUGGAGUUUGAGGAUGCUCUGGCCACGCUGAUUAUGAUGACGGCACCCAUGGCGCCUCACCUGGCCUCUGAACUUUGGGCAGGUCUUUGCCAGGUGAGCAACCCCAUCAGCGGCACACUGCGGCGCGGUGGAGAUGUCCUGUCACAGUCCUGGCCUACUGUCGAUCCCAGCUACCUGGAGAGCCCCGACUUUGUGGACAUUUCUGUGCGGAUUAACAACAAAGUUUGUGGGACAGUGACCGUACCUCUGCUGGUGUCCAAAGAUAUAGAUCAGGUGCAGAAGCUUGUCAUGGAAAGCCCCCUCGGACAGACUGUUCUCAGAGAGCUGCACAUCAAGAGAGCCAUCCUUUCCCCCCGGACUGCCCUCAUCAAUUUCCUAGUUGGAUGAUGACAUUUGACUCUCCGUUAAUGCGACUCUUUGGUGGUGGGGGGAAAAAAAGAAGACUGUUAUGCAUUGUAAACUUGUAUCAGGUGUGGGAAAAUUUUAAUAUUGUGGUCAUUUUCCAUCAUAUCUAUUAUGGUACAGUAUCAAGAUAUUGGCAUCAGUAGGUGAGAGUAAUACUGCGGUCUGACGUAAAAGUGCAUGCCGUUGCGUCCUUAAUGACAAGUUUGAGUCGGAAAGCUUUUCACCUAUGUAUGCUAUCAGCACUUUGUGUCUAAACAGUCACUGAAGCCACAUUUUUUAAUUUUAACUUUUGGCUCCUCCGCUACGCGAUCAGUUUUAUUUUGAUGAAGACUCACCAUAUACCCUUGAAUAGAGACAAUCAUUGUUACUUUGUUUUCACUAAACAAGAACAACAUACCGGUAGUUUUUUAAAUUUUUUGCAGAUGAAUGACAAUCAUGAUUAAUUUUGCUGAACAGAGGAUAAGUGAUGCAUAUGAACUACAUUUGAGUUUCCAUUAUAUUUACAAUGAGUGAAUCUGUUUUUCCCCUCACUCUUAAUGAACAGCAUUUCACCACUCUUAUCAUGGAAAUAAUACAGAACGUGUAUUUUUGUAUCCAUUUUUCACUGGUUAAUCUGCAAGUCUGCUUCAGCAAGUUUUACUUCUUUGGUUGCAUAGUCAAUGCAUUUUUAAACCAACGAUCGCUGCAAAAUGUGAUAAGAAUGUAUCAUGGGUCAUUUUGCAAUUUUCUACCUCUAUAUAUUAAAAAUAUGAUGUAAAGAUA